AUGGAAAACAUCCACGCUCAACGCCGUUCUGCCAGCCAUGGCUCGCUUCGCAGCAGCUACAAGACCCAGGCCCGACCAACAGUCGGUCAUAGUCUGCCGCGCCGACUCCCCCUGAGAAGCGUCAACGAGAACGCAAGUCUGCUCCCAUCGCCAGGCCCGCUCGAAAGCAUGCUCAAGACCACUACCGAGACGGGAGACAUAGGCAUCUUCAGCAUCAAACCAGUUGCUCCCGCAACAACGAUCCAUCACUACGCAAGAUCAAGAUCCGGUCUCGAUACUGCUUCCAUUUUCAGAUCGGAUUCCAGCGCAACCGAUGGCAAAUUGUCCAGAGCUGCUGGAUGCAGACAACGCACCUCCGAUCGAGACAACAACUCGGAGAUCAUCUCCAUGUACGGCUCCGAAGGGCCUCUGUACUCGUUCUCGAGCUCACUGCCUCCCCGACACGACAGCAUGUAUCACCGAUCCUACUCAAUGACUUCCUGUGGCUCUCGGCAUGUGUCUAGCCAGAAGUCUUCUGGCACCCUGCAGAGCCAGUCGAGCAAUGGCAUCUUGCAGCGUCCUCGCUCUCCGUUCCCCUAUCCGACACGACUGAAGCGACCUGGAGUGCGGCCAUCUUCGCCUGCCCUCACAGAGAAUGGACUGGUUGACUACAGUAGGAUGGUCGAAAUAGAUCGAAUCUCAUAUCCGCAGCGGCUUGCUCCACCUCUUGCGUUUCGCUCUGGCGCCAUUCAGUCGCUGCCAUGUUUGCCGAAACCCAAUUAUCUCGUGUCACCCACCGGUUCGAUUGUCCGGCACCGUGAUAACAACCAUUGGGGCGACGUACCACUGGACAGGACAUACCGGCCUUCCACAGACCACAGUGUGAGAUCGUCAAGUCUGACUUCAGUCAUUGAGAUGUACUGCAGAUCGCCUUCGAACUCGGAGCAGAAUUUCCAACGCCAGCUUCGCCCAGCGGGCUCCUUUUACUACGACUAUACCGAAGGCUUUGAAAAUUCAGACCCUCAAGCUGAUCUCCCAAAACCAGCGAUAGCGCCUCCCUUAGCUCCAGUCCCACAGCGAGCCUCAAGCCUUGUCAAGGCUCUGGUGCUUCGAGACGAGACCAAGGCUCGGCUUGAGGCAGUGGUGGACAUAUCUGUCAAGGACUCAAGCGAUUCUUAUGGUGGUGACGGGCGGGUUACAGGAUCGAACACUGCCAACGACAUCGAGACGCUUCCUUCUCAGCGGGGAAGUUGCAAGACUGCUCCCCCAACACUCGAGCUCUUUCCUUUCGAGGUUGAUGGAACCUCUGGUUCUCAUACCGUUGACUUUGGCCCCGCCUCAGACAUGUUCGAGGUCCUUUCAUGUUACAAGGAUGUCGAGCCAUCUCUCACAGUGCAAAAUUCUUCAACUCCUUCAUGCCUUCCACUGGUUGACACUGGGAUUCCAUCGGAUGAGGAACAGUCACGGAACGAGGAGAAGAAGGCCAUCCAAGAUCAAGACCCGGCUUCCGGACCCGAACAAUCACCGCCGCAUAACGACGCAUGUCGACACCUGUACAAGGGUUCUCAGAGCCAUUCAAAAACUUGGGAAGAGAUGGUUCCAGAUCACGGUGAAACGCAGAAGAUGUUGGAUACCUCGGGCACCCAGGAACAUGGACCACGAGAAGUCCCUUCUCACACCGGCUUCGCGGCGUUGCUGCGGUCAAGUUUGCGCCACUCCGUUGACCCUGGUCUCUCUGAUUUGGCUGCUCUGGUCUCGUCCUUCGAGCGUAUCGCGAAGUCGUCUUUCAUGAAAAAGGAUAAGGAAGUUUCUGGGACUACCGAGAGCGCCGAGAAGGCUGGCCUGAGGAAUUCACAACAGCCGGAAGAACAGCCGAUUGGAACUGAGACCGUCCCUGGCGAUGAAGCAGCCGCCGAUAAUGGGCCCCAUACUGCCAUUCAUUCCAAGAGAUCCUUCUACAAAGGCCAUCAAAGAAAUCGCGCACUUGCCCGAAUUAGCAUGGGAAGCCUCCGAGGCCAGAGAGGUAUGCUAGCCAGCAGCGCAGGUUUGCCUCUUCUCGCUCCCGAACCUGUCUCUCCAGCUCGUGCGUUGAGGGUGAGUAGCAGCAUCCCACAAUUGACGAAACCGUUGCCAUCGCUGCCCAGAGAGUCACCCACCUCAGUUCGAGAAGCGUUGCAGGCUUCCGUGGAUGAAAUGAGAUUCCCCGUCAAGUUUUCGCCUUUUCAGGUCGAAAUACUUGCAACUCCACGAUCGAGUCCUAGAAUUACUACACACCCUAAUGUGGAAGAUCAUGAGUCUUUCCGAGCCAGCAUUGAGUUGGAUCUGGUUCCAUGUGUGGGCGGACAGGCCCUAAAAGAGGGUGCAGAAACGAUGGAGGGAUCGGCACAAUCAAAAGACCUGGAUUCAGCACGCCAACCAAAUGAGAAACAUAUACUAAAUAACCAGGUGCUCCAAGAAGAGCCAAGUCCAUCGAAGCGAAGGAUCCGACUGAGAGCAUCUCGCCCUGGGCUCAAAGUAGAUGCAGGAUACUUCCAACAAGACCAAAGCGGCACUGUCAGGAAGCACCGUAGCUUCGAGCAAGGUAUCCUGACUGGACUUCCAACCCGCCAGACCGAGGAUUUGCUCACUCCAAUACGGCACGGGGGCCGUCGAAGCAGCACAGCCUACCAGCAGCGAGGGAGACAAUUUGUUCUGUUGACGCCUGACGAGCAGGAAGAUGGUGAGAACCAUCAAGCCCGCCGCUCACCUACCGCAAGGGUUUCCAGGGACAGGUUCCUUCACGAACGCAAUAUUCCUCUGGCGCAUCCUGUUGACGCAAGCAGUCUGAGACGGAGUGCAUCGACUGAUGAGUUCCAUUUGAGCGAUUCGCGAAGCUUCAGUUCAGAGUUGACUUUCAUUCGGCCACGAGUUCUGAGGAAAAAGCUUUCUUACAUGAGAAUCCGCCUGACCAGGUCACGCUUGAAGUUUCGAGACCGUGUGAAUAAGACCUCUGAGCGGCGCCCUAGACACCACGGGGCGACCGACUCUGAUGGCACAGUUGCACAUGGCCAACGGCCCAUCGUUCCACCCGACCAGCCAAAGCAGAUGGGUAGGAAGAUGAGGAGAUGGAUCCGACGAACUGUUCGUGUUUUCGUCAAAGGCCGGCAGGGCUAG